AUGCCAACCCCGCAGCAUGACCUUGGGCCGCUGAAGAAACUUAAAGAUGUUACACUGGAAGACCAAUCUUAUAAUUUAUUUAUCAAGGCGAUGCAACCCUGCCUGGGUAAGGGCUGGAAAUUGAAGGAUAUCCACAACCACGCAGAUCCAGACUCGAAAACCCCCUUGGGCAACAGUGACGUAAAACUCGAUCUUGCGCUCUACGCUCCCGACAUGUACGAUGACGCUCGGCCCUGUCGGUCAAAAGCGGCAGCGCUGUUCGGCGAAGCCAAAAUACUCGAGAAGAGCGAGCCUUUCCGUCUGCCACCUGGUGUGGCCCACGUCAAACCUCGGGUAGGAUCGUCGUCGCCGUCUCGCUCGGCAUCUCCAUUCUCCCUCCUUGCGUUCGGCCUCGCCAUUCCCGUAGGCACUCAGUGGAGAGCUCAAUGGUUUGAGUACGAAAGGCGGCGCUACCUGGGUUCAACCUUCGACGAGCGGGAUGAAGUCGCACAAAUAGUUCCAGGGCGGGAUUCGAUGGGUGGAAUAAGUUCGGAGCAGUCUAUUAGCGAGCGCGGCAGUGAAGAUAGGGAGGACAGUACGGCCCGCAUGCUGGGGAUGCUCAAUGGCCAGGGGAGCUCCAGGAGGGAAGGCGACUUGAGGGUGGCGCCACAAGUUAUCACACACAAAGUCUCAAGCAAGGAGACUAUGGAUGCGAAGCAGAGGAGACGACGUAGCUCGUCCGUCAAUGCCAUAUUAGCCUCUGACUCUACCACGUCCAACUUUCCAUCUUCGUCGCUCACCAGACUUACCCUCAAGAUCCGUCUCCUCCAACACCAACGCGCCUCGGAAUUGGCCAAGGGUGAUGGGCAGGGCCCUAAGAUCGUAACGACCGUACCAGACCUCAUCGCUGCACUGGAUGCCCAAUCUGGCUGUGCCCUUGGUACGCCGGACUAUAAAUACGGACUCAGGGUGCUGGUGCUCGGUAUCACGGCCGCGCCUCAGUGGACGAAUACGGAGCGGGGGUUGGAGCUAGGAAAAAGAGACAGAGCCAGAGAAGGAAGGGGGGAAAGGGGAGCUAUUGGUGGAAAAGCGAGUGGGCGAGGUUUGGAUGUAGAGGACGGUGACGAGAGGAAGAUGGGAGAGAAGCUGGAGCCGGUUAUUGUCGGGUGGGGAAGUUGGCUAGACGGGGCGAAUGGAGGGAAGGAGAGGGAACAGAGCGCAGAGAGAUAA